AUGCAUGAGGUGCCCUGGCCCAGGGGGCUGCAGGGAGAGCCUCUGGGGGGCCUCGAGUUCUAUCCCCGGCGCUCAGGAGCCUUUGUUGGUCUGCAGUGCCGCCCAGACCCCUCACUGGACCAGGACGGCCACAACCCCGUCAAGACUUUGUCUCUUCUCCUACGUGGCCUGAUGCCAUGUACCCACAUCACCACGCCUGCUGGUCCUCCUCGACAUCUGACCUGCAGCCCUGGCCAACCCGCUGCCUCCUCAGGCUGCCUGGGCCACAAGCGGAAGCGGAUCUCGGUGAGCUGCGAGCGCCUGCGGGACCUGCUGCCCCGGUUCGAUGGCCGGCGGGAGGAUAUGGUCUCGGUCCUGGAGAUGGCGGUGCAGUAUCUCCGGCUCGCCCACGCCCUGGUGCCUGGCCGGGGGCGGCGCACUGUUCUUGCUUCCUCUGAAGAGACGUGGCAGGCGUGGCAGACGAGUGUUCUGCAGUUGGCCCUGUCCAGUCAGGUCCCAGCAGGCAGGCCAGAUUCCGGGACAGGAGUGUCUGGGGUGACUCUGCAGCAGGACCCCCUGAGCUGUGCAACCCCGGGUGUGGAUGAAUGCGAGGGCCUGUCGCAGUGGUCUGAAGUGCUGGACAGGCCGCCUGCCCUUCCUGGGCAGGGCCCCUACAACGCCUUCACCUGGGUCUCCGUGGGUCCCUGGGUCUGCAGGAAGUGUGGGGACAUAGAAGAACUUGGCCCUGUCCUCGUUACCCAGCCGACCACUUCUGCGUUCGGAUGCCGCCAGUGGCGCUUUGUGCCGCGGCCGCCGACCUCCCCCGACAUGAGCUCCAGCGAGGCGGCUCCCAGCUGGCUGGUUCAGGCUGGGCCCGUGGGUGGGGGCGCCGCACCUGUGACAGGGCCGGCUGAGGAGUCCGAGGAGACUCUGACACCUGUGCCGGGUGACAGGUCUGCAUGGGGAUCUGAUGUGGAGGAUGGGACGUCCUUGCUGACUGCCAGUCCCGAGUGGUUGCUGGGGUCCCUGGAAACCAGAGGAGAUGGUGCCCCUGCCUGGGCCCCAGCCAGGAGCAGCUCUCCGGACAGGGCAGAGAUGAACUUCCUGGGCGACUCCCAGCCUGACUCCCAGGAGCUGCAGGACGGUCCCCUGGAGCCGUGGGACUCGGACGCAGGCCGCGUGGGCCUGAGCCUGAGGGACGAGGUGGACAUCCUCUUCCCUGACUUCUUUGCCUGCUAGCUGGUGUCCUGCCUCUCUGGAGCAGCGUGUGUUCCUGUCACCUGCCUGGGCGUUUUACGGGGCUUGGGUUGCAGCUGCGCUCCCAAGGGAGUGAGGCUGAGUAUUAAAGAGAGAAACCUGGGUCAUUCAGGCUUCCUAGAGGAGGAGGAGCAUCCA